AUGGCUGAUUUUGGAGAGAUUCUCAAGAAUAUAGGAGGGUUUGGAUUAUUUCAGAAGAUCACUCUUUUUGCUCUUUGCUUCCCAAAUGCUAUUCUGCCUUUUCACUUUGCCAGUGUGUUUUUUAUCCAGUCCGAUCCAGAGCGACACUGUAACACAGACUGGAUCCUUCAGGCUGACUCUAACCUGACCACAGAUGACCAGCUGAACCUGACUCUGCCCCGGGAGGAGGAUGGGACCUUCAGCAGGUGUCAGAUGUUUGUCCCUGUGGACUGGGACAUCGGUGCCAUCAGGGAGUACGGACUCAAUGAGACCACAGGGUGCAAGAAUGGAUGGGUGUACAACAACAAUAUGUAUGAUGCCACCAUAGUCACUGAUUUUGAUCUAGUUUGUGACCAGGCUAAUUUGUUAGAAGUGGCACAAGCAGUGUUGAUGGCUGGCAUUCUUGUUGGUUGUCUCUUAUUUGGACCUUUUGCUGAAUCGUUUGGUCGUAAACGGGCAGCUCAGAUUCCAGUCAUUGUGAUGCUCAUAUUUACUAUAACAACUGGAUUAUGUCCCAACUUCUAUUUAUAUUUGGCAUCCCAGUUCAUGGUGGGAAUUGGCUAUGGAGGUUUUCGCUUGAAUGGCGUCAUAUUAGCCACUGAAUGGAUCGGGCCGUCCAAAAGAUCAUGGGGAGCAUGUGUGACUCAGUUGUUUGGUGCAGUUGGACAGGCCAUCCUCGCUGGUAUGAUCUACGCCAUCAGAGACUGGAGACUGGCUCAACUAAUCACAGCAGCUCCACUUGCAGUAGUUACGAUUUACAUAUGGUUUAUUCCAGAGUCAGCCAGGUGGUUGUUGGAAAGAGGAAGGACAGAAGAGGCUAAACAGCUGAUUACCAAAGUGGCAGCCAUCAACAAACGCACUGUUCCAGAGUCUCUACUGGAAAAGAUUGUUAAGAAAGACACCGAGAAAAAGGGAGGCAUAAUAAUACUUAUCCAAUCAUCUGUGCUUAGGAAGUAUUUCUUUACCUUAAUAUUGGCAUGGUUCUCAUUGAAUGUUACCUACUACUGCCUUUCAUUCAAUGUGGGAAAUUUUGGCUUGGACAUCUUCCUGACGCAGCUCAUGUUUGGUCUGACUGAACUACCAGCUCAUAUACUUUGCAUCUGGCUGUUGGAAGCAGUGGGGAGAAAAGUGUCACUGAUGUCAACUCUUCUGAUCGGGGGAUUCUUGUGCGUCUUAAUCCUAGCUGUUCCCCAAGAUAAUGCUGUUGGUGUUACCACGUUAGCAAUCUCAGGACGUUUUUUCAUAAACUGGGCCGGAUCCAUAUGCAACGUGUAUGUUCAGGAGCUGUUCCCUACAUCUUUUCGGCAAACAGCCUCUGGUUUGGGCUCCAUUGCAAGCAGAGCUGGUGGCUUGCUGUCCCCGUUGCUCAACAUAUUGGCUGUGUACCACUGGUCCAUACCCACAAUAGUUUUUAGCAGCCUUACACUGAUCAGUGGAGCUCUCUGCUUCCUGCUCCCUGAGACCAGGAGAAGAGAGCUUCCUGACUCAACGGAUGAGGCCGAGGGCAACACAAAUAUGAAAACCCAGAAGAACCAAAGAGGAUCAGACAUGCCCGCACAAAUCAUCAUAUGCACCAAUCUGUAGUCUGAGUACUUCUAUUUCGCAUAUUCGGGGGUUGCUCUACUAGCAGCUGAGACUUUGGAUGGUAAAUGUUUUUUGGUCAGCUCUUCUGUCAGUCCAUUUUGGUCCGUCAUCCAGCAGCUACUGGCCACAUCUUCAGGACGUUUGCUGAUACUCAUCUUUUGGUCCCUCAUCUGAUCAUUCCUUUAGAGUGAACAAAUUUCCAUGUGCAAACGAAAUAUCAAAUUGUCAUUGGAAGAUUGGCAUGAAGCUUCCAGAGUAUUUUCAUGCUUUCCAAACCAAUGGAGAGUCCAUUUUGGGACACUCCAUUCAUUUUCUUGAUGUUCCACCUUCUGGUCAAAUAGGCACAUAAAUAAUAGGCAAUCAGUUCAAAAUCUAAUGAGCUGAUUGCUCUGGAAGUUACUGACAACAAAAUAUUUUAAUUUUAAUGACAUAAUGGCGUUCCCUCUUGUGCCAUCCUCAGGACAAACUUUGGAUUUACAGUCAGUCUGUCAGUUUUUACUUUAUACUUUAGUAUGUUACUUAAAUUAUUAACUGAUCUGGAAUCUACCUUCUACUGAAAUUAAAUUCCAAUACAAAAC